GGCGGGGCGGCGCGGCCCGGCGCGGUUUGGGCGCUGCACCGCGGCAAGAUGGCGGACAGGGAGGAGGCGCUGAGGGAGUUCGUGGCCGUGACCGGCGCCGAGGAGGAGCGAGCGCGGUUCUUCCUCGAGUCCGCCGGCUGGGACCUCCAGAUUGCACUUGCCAGUUUCUAUGAGGACGGGGGUGAUGAGGAUAUCCUGACCCUUCCCCAGCCCACACCCAGCUCCAUAUCCAGAGGCACUGGAGCCAGUGACCACCGAGUAACCUCGUUCAGAGACCUUGUGCAUGCUCAGGAGGAGGAUGAUGAAGAGGAGGAGGGACAGCGGUUUUAUGCCGGCGGCUCAGAGAGGAGUGGGCAGCAGAUCGUGGGUCCUCCGAGGAAGAAGAGUCCCAACGAGCUGGUGGAGGAUUUGUUCAAGGGAGCCAAGGAGCACGGCGCCGUGGCCGUCGAUCGGACAGCCAAGAGCGGGGGCGAGACGAGCAAGCCAAAGCCUUUUGCAGGGGGAGGGUAUCGCCUUGGGGCUACUCCAGAGGAGGAGUCAGCUUAUGUGGCAGGAGAGAGGAGACCGAGCUCUUCUCAGGAUGUGCAUGUUGUACUGAAGCUCUGGAAGAGUGGAUUUAGCCUGGAUAGUGGAGAGCUGAGGAGCUACCAGGAUCCAUCCAAUGCCCAGUUCCUCGAUGACAUCCGCAGAGGGGAAGUCCCAGCUGAGCUGCGCAGGUUAGCACGGGGUGGACAGGUGAACCUGGACAUGGAAGAUCACCGUGAUGAGGAGUACGUGAAACCUAAAAGUGUCUUCAGAGCUUUUACUGGAGAAGGACAGAAGCUAGGCAGCACUGUGCCCCAGGUGAUGGGCACCAGCUCGCCAGCCCAGCAGGCAGAGAACGAAGCCAAAGCCAGUUCUGCCAUCGUGAUCGAUGAGUCGGAGCCCAUCACCAACAUCCAGAUCCGGCUCGCGGACGGCGGGCGCCUGGUCCAGAAGUUCAACCACAGUCACAGGAUCCGUGACAUCCGGCUCUUCAUAGUAGAUGCUCGGCCAGCGAUGGCUGCCACCAGCUUCGUCCUCAUGACCACCUUCCCCAAUAAAGAGCUGACUGAUGAGAACCAGACCCUGAAGGAAGCCAACCUGCUCAACGCUGUCAUUGUCCAGCGGUUGACAUAAAGGACCCCAGCUCUGGCCACACAACUGCAGCGUGCGGGGUCGUCUCCUCCCGCGCGUGUGCCAGCGCCGUGCCACAUAGGCCCACAUCUGCUCCUAGCUCUGGGUUCUUAGGUCUUGGUUGGACUUUUUCUCUUUAGUUGCAUUUCCCAUGGGGUUUUUUUGUGAUGAUGAUGAUGAUAAUGAUGAUCAAUGGACUUUAAAAUAAAGAAAUGAAACGAA